AUGGAAGAGCAGCCUAGCAUGCCUGAUACUGAGCAGGAAAGUAGGCCAGUAGCUGUGGAACCUAUUGCGCAAGAAGAGCGGCCUUCUGCCGCUGAAGAGAACCAGAAUAAUGGUGAAGUAAAUAAUGAAACCGUUAGUGAGGAGAAAGCGGAUGCUAAUGCUCCAUCAGAGGAGCAAGGGCCAUCAGAAGAUGCCCAGGGUGACGACAAGAAGAGAGGCCGUGAAGAGAAUGAAGAUGAGGAUGGAGACGAGGACGACGAUGACGAUGAAGACGAUGAAGACGAUGAAGAAGAAGGUGGACCAUCCAAAAAGAGGCGUCAGGAGAGGAAUAGGUUCUUGGAUAUCGAAGCUGAGGUGAGUGAUGACGAAGAUGAGGAUGAAGACGAGGAAGAAUCUGAGUUGAUUCGUGAAGGUUUCAUUACUAGAGGAGAUGAUGACGAUGAAAGCGCGGAAGCACAUAGAGAGGACAGACUGCAUAGGCAACUGGAUCAAGACUUGAAUAAAUCGUCAGAAGAGGAUGCACAACGAUUAGCGAAGGAGUUGAGAGAACGUUAUGGUAGAAGCAGCUCGAAACAGUAUCGUGCUGCGGCUCAAGAUGGUUAUGUUCCUCAGAGAUUUUUGUUACCUAGUGUUGAUACAGCCACAAUUUGGGGUGUGCGUUGUAGACCAGGUAAGGAGAAAGAACUGGUUCGUAAAUUGCUUAAGAAGAAAUUUAAUUUGGACAGAGCUAUGGGGAAUAAGAAGUUGAAGAUUUUGUCCAUUUUCCAGAGAGAUAAUUAUACGGGGAGAAUUUAUAUUGAAGCUCCAAAACAAUCAGUGAUCGAGAAAUUUUGUAAUGGUGUGCCCGACAUUUACGUUUCUCAAAAACUACUGAUCCCUGUUCAGGAAUUGCCUCUACUGCUAAAGCCUAAUAAAUCCGACGAUGUGGCUUUGGAAGAAGGAAGUUAUGUGCGUAUUAAGAGAGGUAUCUAUAAAGGUGAUCUGGCCGUCGUUGACCAGAUAAGUGAGAACAAUUUAGAAGUAAUGCUGAAGAUUGUUCCACGUCUGGAUUACGGAAAAUUCGACGAUGUUGAUCCCUCGACUAAUCAACGUAAGGCCAGAAGACCUACGUUUGCUCAUAGAGCUCCAGCGCAACUUUUCAACCCAACAAUGGCAUUAAGGUUGGAUCAAGCCAAUCUGUAUAAGAGAGACGACCAUCAUUUCACUUACAGAAAUGACGAUUACGUUGAUGGUUAUUUGUACAAAUCAUUCAGGAUACAGCAUGUGGAAACGAAAAAUAUACAACCAACUGUCGAAGAAUUGGCUCGCUUUGGUUCCAAAGAAGGUGCAGUAGAUUUGACAUCGAUAUCACAAACUAUAAAGAAGGCUCAAGCGGCUCGUGUCACUUUUCAACCAGGUGAUCGUGUGGAAGUUUUGAACGGUGAACAACGUGGUUCCAAGGGUAUUGUCAUCAAGACUGCUUCAGAUGUGGCUACCGUCAAGGUUCCAGAGUUCCCUACCAAACCUUUAGAGUUUUUGAUGUCGAGUUUGAGAAAAGUUUUCGAACCUGGUGAUCAUGUUACCGUUGUAAGUGGUGAACACCAGGGAGAUGCUGGUUUGGUUCUAACGGUAAAACAUGGGCAAGUAACUUUCAUGUCUAAUCAAACAAGAGAAGAAGUUACCAUCACGGCCAAUAACCUAACGAAAUCCAUCGACUCAACUCCUACAUCAAGUCAGUUCGCAUUACAUGAUAUUGUCGAACUAAGCGCCAAGAACGCUGCAUGUAUUAUCCAAGCAGGUCAUGACAUAUUCAAAGUGAUCGACGAUUCCGGUAAAGUGUCGACCAUUACCAAGGGUUCCAUUCUAAACAAAAUCAAUACUGCGCGUGCUCGUGUAGCGGCAGUCGAUGCCGGUGGUAACGAGAUCAAGAUCGGUGAUACUGUUAUGGAGAAAGUCGGUGCUCGUAGAGAAGGUCAAGUGCUUUACAUUCAAUCUCAGCAAAUAUUCGUGAUGUCCAAGAAGAUUUUGGAAAAUGCUGGUGUUUUCCUUGUAAAUCCAAUGAAUGUUGAAGCUAUUGCAUCAAAGGACAACAUGUUAAGCAGUAAGCUUGAUUUGAACAAAAUAAAUCCAGAUUUCGUCUCCAAGAUGGGACCACCAUCUCAGGCAAGACUACAGCAACCACAACAACAGGUUCGGAUGGGCCGUGAUCUGGCGUUGGGUAAGACUGUAAGAAUUCGUUCCGCUGGUUACAAAGGUCAACUAGGUAUUGUUAAAGACGUUAACGGGGAAAAUGCUACCGUUGAACUACAUUCCAAGAAUAAGCACAUUACUAUCGACAAACAUAGGCUGACAUACUACAAUCGUGAAGGUGGUGAAGGUGUGACGUAUGAUGAGCUGGUAAACAGACGAGGUAAACUCCCACAGGCAAGAAUAGGCCCAAGUUAUGUCAGUGCACCAAGACACAUGGCCACCGGUGGAAACCUUGGCGCUACAAACCAACCACUCGCUGGUGGUAUGACUCCCGGCUGGAGCUCGUUCGAUGGUGGUAAGACACCAGCUGUAAAUUCUCAUGGUGCCGGUGGAGGAGGAGCCUCCACAUGGGGCAGUACAUCUACAUGGGGCGGAGCUUCUGCUUGGGGUGGCCAACCUGCCGGAGGCGCAUCAUCUUGGGGUGGAGCUUCUGCCUGGAACGGUCAAGGUACAGGUGCCACUUCUACUUGGGGUGGUAACAGUGCCUGGGGUAACAAAUCCAGUUGGGGCGGAGCAUCGACUUGGGCCUCAGGUGGUGACACUAACGGUGCUUCUUCAGCUUGGGGAGGUCGUGGGGACAAAUCUGCCUACGGUGGUACCUCGACCUGGGGUGGCAACAAGAACAACGGCGGAGGAGCGUCCUCAUGGGGUAAUAACGGUAACACCCAAGGCCACAGCUCUACAUGGGGUGGAAACCAGGAAAACGGCAAUAGAUCCUCAUGGAACGAACAGUCGAAUAACGGCAGUGGAAGCAGUUGGGGUUCUCACUAA